AAUGUUGCAAGAGAUGUGGCUGAUCGGUUUGCAAUAGGAAGAUCAUUCCACCAGCAGGGAGAAUUGAAAUACUUCAUCUUCUUCAUCUGUUUGGGGUCUGAAAUAACAAUUACAGGUUAGAGAGCGAGUGUGUGAGAUACAGCAAAUGAGAGAUGUGCCAUAUAGUCCAAAAGAACGAGGGGUAUGACAUUGAUGGUCCAUGUGAAAUGCAAACAAGGCUGUGUCAGUCCUGAUUUGGUUUUCUACUUCGAAGGUAGACCUAGCUCUGGGUUUAUGAAGAGACACCAGACAUACACUAGAGACAGACCUAGGAUUAACCGCUACAGAAGGUGACCAUGUCUCGUUUGUGUUUCUCACUCCUUAUGUGUGUGGUUUUGCUUGCAGUGCUCUGUUUUACAGGGGCAGUGGAAAGCCAAGCUGAAUUAAGGGAAAAAAGAGGAGUGCCUAACUGGGCGAUGACAUCUUCAGACUUUUUUGCCUGGAUUGAAGAGCUGCGUUCUCACGCUGGUUAUGAAAAGAUUGAAGAAUUGGCUAGAACCUUCUGGGCUCACUUUCCUGCCGCUAGCCACCUGGGUUACGAACCUUCAGCUCCAGAAGAAUAAUGCUGCAUGCAUGGGUACCACCUGAAUCUCUGUGUUGAUAAGAUCAUUUAAAUUAAUCUAAAACCGAAUCAGAUUUUGAAACUUUGACAGGUUCACUUAUUGUUUUGGU